CUCUCUCAAAACCCCCAAGUUUAGUUGCCCUAGCUUGACUUGAAUUUCUGAGAGUUCCUAGAUUUUCUUAUUCUUCUCCAUUCCUCUUCCUCUCUUCUUGGGUUUUCCCUCCUCUACCCCGAUAAGAGAUCGGGACACGAGGUGGGGCAUUUGAUCCUGUUGUAAUAGGCGGUCAGUUUCUGGUUAAGCAAAGAUCCCGUUUUGUUCAGUCGAAAUGUUUGGCUCUUCUAACCCAUUUGGGCAGUCGUCCAGCAGCCCAUUCGGGAGCCCGUCUGUGUUCGGGCAAUCGAACAACGCGAACAGCAACCCUUUUGCUCCAAAGCCCUUCGGCAGUCCUACUCCCUUUGGCUCGACGAGCGGCUCGAUCUUCGGGAGCACAGCCACGGGCGUCUUUGGUGCUACACAGCCUUCUUCUUCGGCGCCGGCAUUUGGUGCUUCUUCCACGCCAGCAUUCGGCAGCUCCGCAUUUGGCACGACUUCGUCCACCCCAGCAUUUGGGUCAUCUUUGUUUGGGCAGAAACCUGCCUUUGGAGGAUUUGGAUCAUCUUCUAGUCAAAGCAGUCCAUUUGGUGGUGCAUUUCAACAAUCACAACCAGCAUUUGGCAGCAGCUUGUUUGGCUCACCAGCACCUUUUGGGGCAUCAAGUACACCGGGCUUUGGUGCUACAAGCACUCCAGCAUUUGGUGCUACAAGCGCUCCUGCAUUUGGUGCGACCACCACUCCAUCUUUUGGUGCUUCAAGCACUCCUGCCUUUGGCUCCGCAUCAACCAGCCCCUUUGGUAGCACAGGCAGCGCAUUUGGUAUUUCAAGUGCACCUGCUUUUGGUAGCUCUACUGCACCUGUAUUCGGUGCUUCCAGUACACCAGCGUUUGGUUCUGCAAGCACGCCUGCCUUUGGUUCUUCAAGUACACCUGCUUUUGGAGCUUCUUCAGCUCCGGCUUUUGGUGCAUCAACUACUUCUUUUGGUUUUGGCUCUACACCUGCCUUUGGUCAAUCAGCCUCUGCAUUUGGCAGUACUCCUUUUGGGUCCACUGCUUUUGGUGCUCAGAGUUCACCUUUUGGGACACAAACAGCAGCACCAGCAUUUGGAAGCCCAGGGUUUGGACAGCCAGCAUUUGGGAGCCAACAGGGAGGGAGCAGAGUAGCACCAUACUCAUCCACCCCUGAAGCGGAUGGAGGCAUUAGCAGCACCGGACAGGCUCCUGGAAAGCUGGAAUCGAUAUCUGCCAUGCCUGUGUAUAAGGAUAAAAGUCAUGAGGAGUUGAGAUGGGAGGAUUAUCAAAAGGGAGAUAAAGGGGGGCCAAAUCCUGCUGGCCAGUCAAGCUUUGGACAACCAACCCAGUCAAGUCCUUUCACUACAUCAGCAUUUGGCCAGACAGCAUCAAACCCUUUCUCUAGUACGACAGCCACAGGCUUAUUUGGUUCAAAACCAGCAGCGUUUGGUUCUGCAUUUGGUGCAUCGUCUGCUUCCUCCUUUAGUUCACCCUUUGGUUCAUCCUCUUCAAGUCCUUUUGGAGCUACAUCUUCAACGCCCUCUAUCUUUGGGGCAUCAUCAACACCUGCAUUUGGGGGUAGUUCUGCUUCCCCAUUUGGGGUGUCAAGUUCUCCUGCAUUUGGGUCAUCUUCUCCUUCACUUUUUAAUACCACAGCAGGAGCUUCAGCUCCGACAUUUGGUUCAACAUUUGGAAGUACUCAAUCAUCUGGGCUGUUCCAGUCUUCUUCUCCUUCAUUUGGCCAGCCUUCCAUCUUUGGCCAGACAUCUUCCUUUGGACAGAACAGUUCUGCUUUUGGCCAAACUAAUCCAUUCAGUACACCAUCAACUGGAUUUGGAACAAGUUUAUUUGCUGGCAGUUCAACACCAUCAACGGGAUUUGGUCAAACAACUCCAUCACUUGCAACUGGUUUUCAGCCUGCUGCUCAGUCAUCUGGGGCAUUCUCCUUUGGUAACUUUGGUCAGACACCGUCUGCUGCUUCAAGUGGUUUUGGAGGGAUAUCAAGUCCUUUUGGUCAGAAUGCCUUUGGACAAAUGCCUGCUCCUCAGAGUGCUGCAGUUAUACAACCGAGUCCUCCAGUAAACCCUUUUGGGACACUUCCUGCAAUGCCUCAGGUUUCUAUUGGUCGGCAGGGCACUGCUCCUUCAGUUCAAUAUGGAAUAUCAAGCAUGCCGGUUGUUGAUAAGCCCCCUACAGCUAGGUUGUCCCCUUUAUUGAUUUCAAGGCAUGUAUCUCAAAGAUCGAGGAUCAGUUUGCCAUCCAGGAAAUAUCAUCCUAAAAAGGAUGGUCAAAUGGUGCCAUUCUUCAGUGAUGAUGAAGAAAUUCCUACUACACCAAAGGCUGACGCACUUUUUAUUCCACGAGAAAAUCCCCGUGCGUUGAUCAUUAAUCCUUUAAAACAGCAGAACUCCAGUUCAUUACCAAAGCAAAGCCAUUUGCGUGACCAACCUGGUACCAAUGAAAAUGGAAAAAUAAUUGAUGAUGGAUCUGGACCUCCACCAUUAGAGGAUGAUUCUACAGAAUAUCGUGAAAAAGCUGCAGCUGAUGCAUCAAGACAUUUGAAAGGUUCUGAAAAACAGAAUGGGGUCCAUCACGAGCAGCAUCAUGAGGGGAAUGGGUACAUACCAAUAUCUGGUCAAAGAGCUGGUGAGGCUGCGAUUGCUUUUGAGUAUGGUGCUGGCAUUGAAGCCCUCAUGCCAAAGCUGCGUCAUUCUGACUACUAUACUGAGCCAAGUAUCCAAGAACUUGCAGCAAGGGAGAGAGCUGAACCAGGCAACUGCAAGCAUGUGGAGGAUUUUGUGGUUGGACGCCGUGGCUAUGGGAGCAUCAAGUUCUUUGGAGAGACAGAUGUUCGGAGGCUCGAUGUUGAGAGCAUUGUUCAGUUCAACAACCGUGAGGUGAUUGUGUAUAUGGAUGGAGUUAAGAAGCCUCCAGUUGGCCAAGGCCUUAACAAGCCCGGGGAGGUAACUCUGCUGAAUGUCCGAUGCAUGGACAAAAAAACGGGUGAAGUAGUGACGCAAGGCCCCCUUGUGGAGAAGUAUACAAAGUUGCUGAUGAAGAAAGCUCAGGACCAAGGCGCAGAGUUUGUAUCCUUUGAUGCUGUCAAGGGUGAAUGGAAGUUCAAGGUCGAACACUUCAGUCGGUAUGGUCUCAGCUAGCAAGAUGUCAUUUGGUGCACGUGCUGCAACCUGUUGGCAAUUCCUCAUCAUAUGAAGUAGAGAUAAUGGGUUGUAAUGUUCUUUGCUUCCGAAACGGAAGCAGCAUUGUCCAUAUACAUAUGCAUGAGUAGGAGUGGGUGUAUUUGUGCUUGGGUGAGAGGCAGUUCUUGCACAAAGCAAGCAGGCGAGGGUGGUGACAUGAUCUGAGCAUAAGGGUGAUUCAGGCCUUAGCCGUCGUCGAUUUGCAUCUCGUUGUCUUUGUGGCUUUUGCCUCUGUUUGUUCUAUAAGCUUUUAAAAUACAAGAGUGGGGGAGGUAGAAAGCAGUGCUUGUUCUCCCUUUUUUGUUUUUUUUCCUCCUUUUUGGGAGGUAAAUGAGUUCCUUUGAGAAGUCGCUGUACCUGUAGAAAAAUCAAGGGAAUCAUCAGCCGAACUCCUUGUAAGAGGCCACUGCUUCUUGUGUUUCUGUCCUGGUCUCUCUUCUGCGUCUAACCUGGCUCAACCUUCUCUAGUGCAUGAUUCAGUUCUGAUUA